AUGUUUUCGGAAUACGCUUCGAAAUUCCUGUCCCAAUCCCAGUCCCGCCUCUCCAACUUUGGACAAGCCGAUAACGAUAAUGCUUCGUCACGAUAUGUCCCCGACCGCUCUUCUCGGCCCGCCCGCGGCCUAAACCGCUCUUACUUGGGGAGGACCUAUGGUAACCCCUACCAGCAAACCAGUAAUUCUCGAUACGGCCAUGCCUUUAGAUCAGGCAUAUCCCCAGCCCAGGACGCGCCGCUCUUUGCGAGCACGAGGGACGAAUUCCGUGAAGAGGAUGAAGAGGAGGAGCGCGACAGGGAGGCCGCUGACCUAUAUGCUCUUCAGCGAUCCCGCCGGGUCGCGGCGGCCAGCAAGCUCGCCGAGAGCAUGGGGUCGGAGAACGAGGCGAGCAAUGCGUCUCUCGACAGGAGCACGGAGGGACCUUCAGAAUACCAGACCCAAGGCUUCAGGAGAGGGAUACGAAGUAGCUGGAACGGAGGCGGCAAGAGUGAUUACGCCAGUAACUCUCGAGUCAAGCAGCCAACAAGCAUACCCAAAAUCACGCACGAAGACGCCGAUUCCGACGAAAAUGGUAGCCACGGCAAGGGUAGGCUGGUGGACAUCGGUCUAGAGUCUCAAAUCGAGGACGACGACCCCCAGCGUCCCUUAUCGGCGAUACGCUCGACGAUCCCGGCAGCCCGCCGCCUUUCCAGCAGUUCUAUCCACGUACAGAUCGCAAGCACCGGUGGCGCUCGCGUCCCCGAGGCCGAGCUGUUCCGAUACGACACCUUCUUCGCCUGGUUCUUUUUAAUCAUGCUCGCCAGCUUAUUUUCCACCUACGUGCUCGUCUGGUUGCACACAGAAACGCCCGAUAGGAAACGGCCCAUCGGCGAUACCAUUUACUCGACCCUGCACGGGUCAUUCUACAUGCUCGCUGUCGACACCGUCGUAGCGGUGACGGUAGCGUUGCUCUGGCUCGCGGCUCUGCGAUCCUUUGUCAAGCCCUUGGUCUCGCUCACCUUGGUCGCCGUGCCCGUAAUCCUAUUCUCCUUCUUCCUUUACCCCUUCAUCUCCAGCUUCAAGGGCUCGACGCACGGAGCCAGCGUACAGGACCGGGUUAUGCGAUGGGCGGCCAUCGUCCCGUUGGUCGCCUCCGGCGUGUGGGUGUACUGCGUCGUCAAGGGGCGGCACUCAAUUCGGCAGGCGGUGGACAUUCUCGAAUUUUCCAGUCGGAUCUUGGGAGCCAACUCUGCUUUGGUUCUCGUGGGACUAGGUUCGCUCAUCGCGGUGGUGGCAUGGACCUGGAUCUGGCUUUGCAUGUUUUCACGGGUAUUUUUGGGCGGCCACAUGUCGAACAACCUAGCCAAGUACGUGAUUAGCCUCUCGAGCUGGUGGCUGGGAGCCUGGUUCAUCUUCAUGUACACAUGGACGAUAUCCGUGGUUACCGAGGUCCAUCGGGCGACGACGGCGGCGACGGUCUCGCAGUGGUAUUUCCAUCGCAACGCGGUACCGGCCCCAACAUCGCAAGAGAUUGUCACGGCAGCGCUCACCCACGCCUUUACGACCAUCUUUGGCAGCAUCUGCCAAUCGACGCUACUGGCGCGGUUGGUUCGGUUGCCUUUGCUUAUCCUCCCAUCGCGCAUCUCGUAUAUUGUCCAGCGCAUCGCCAACAGCUUCGUCCCAACGCCAGUGGUGUCACUUACUAACCCGCUCACGAUCACAUAUUGCGCCAUACACUCGCAGAACCUAGCGGCUGCGGCGAGGGGCCUCAGCCAGAUGGAGUUCCUGUCGCCGCAAACGCCGACAGCGACGCUCACCCUCGGGUAUUACAUUACCGGACGGAAUAGGGAUCCGGGGUCCGCGUAUGCCUAUAUCGUGGGAAUAGUGGCCAGUUUUAUUGGGUACUCGGUCAUGGGGUCGAUGGAGAGCAUCCUCAGCGGCAUCGUAGAUGCUGUCAUCAUCUGCUACGGCAGCGAACGAAGAAUGGCCAGCGGUGGCGGGACGUACUGCAUGGAGGCCGCAUAUCUUUUCGGAGAGAAGCGAAGACGUCCUCGUGAGGAGGACUAUGUUUAG